AUGACUUCCAAGGUGUUGUUGAAUAAGUUCUCCUCCUCCAUCCGGCACGUAUACGUGGUCAAUCUUGUUCCCUCGCUGUCCUUCUCAACCAACAAACCACCAACGGAUAAACCGGUUAGUCCGCGGAUGGAAGAGUUCCAGAAGAAGUUGCGCGAGAAAACUCCCAUCGGUAAGCUAGAUGAAAUCGUCGGCAAGCAUCCGUACCAGGAGAAAGAACCUCUAGAACCGUUCCCAAACAAUACAAACCCAGCCACGGGCGAAAUCGGUGGACCGAAAGGACCGGAACCGACCCGAUACGGGGACUGGGAGCGCAAGGGCCGUGUUAGUGACUUUUAA